UGGAUAUGUUUUCGUCACGUCAAUUCUCUAGCCACAACUUUGGCUUGGUCAUCUCUUUGGAUGGACUGUCUCUCAUCUUGAAAUAACGACAAACAAUAAUUGGAAAAACAGAAGGAAAAGGUGGGGUUGUUCUGCUACGCUCGGCCGCUUCACAUUGUUGUGAGCAGCAACUGACCAAGACUUGACUUUGAGCAUGGAACGUGCAUUUAGUCAUCCAAUUAGUAAUUGACACGAAAUGGACUUAGGGGUAUUUCGGUCCCUUCGUUUGCGCAAGCUGGCGGUUGCGGGAACUCAAUGAUGAUAUAAAUGAUCGCAUCGGAGUCCGUUGUUCUUUCUGUUCAUAUUUCCCCGAGUGGUCUGUCGCCCCAACUCUACACCUAUAAAAAGCUGGGAAAAAAAAAAUUCAAACUUGCAUUAUUAUUUUAUUUGAUUUUAUUUAUUUAAUUUUUUGUCCAUAGAUUGAAUCGAAUUCUCUGCAAUUCCUACCUUUCCUGAAGUGUAGGGAUUAGGAGAAAAGCUUAAUCGUUGCUUGGAAAUUCGAGUGUAAAGGUAAGGAAGCUAGAAUGUGGGGAUUUGGGGGGAGAUAUUAUUGGGGAAGAAAGGAAAGGGUGGAAAGAAGGGAAGGAGGGAUAGUGGUGGUGUUUGCUUGGAUGUCGAGUCAAGAGAAGCACUUGAAGAACUACUUACAGCUUUACGCUUCCUUGGGUUGGGAUUCUCUCGUUUGCCAUUCAGAGUUCCUAAACAUGUUCUGCCCUGAGAAGGCUGCAGCUCUAGCGUUAGAUCUUCUGAAGGAACUUGUUGAGGAGCUGAAGAUGAAGCCAUGCCCUGUGGUCUUUGCAUCUUUUUCUGGUGGUCCUAAGGCCUGCAUGUACAAGGUUCUUCAGAUGAUUGACGGAUUGUGUGAAGCACCAGGAAAUCCAGAUGACCUCCAGUUGGUGAAGGAAUGCUUUUCGGGCCAUAUUUACGAUUCUAGCCCUGUCGAUUUCACUAGUGAUUUGGGUGCCCGAUUUGUUGUUCACCCAACAGUUCUCAAAAUGUCUCAUCCACCAAGAAUAGCAUCAUGGAUAGCAAAUCAAAUCUCUUCUGGUCUUGAUGCUCUCUUCCUCAGCAGGUUUGAAUCCCAGCGUGCCGAGUAUUGGCAGACUUUAUAUGCCUCUGUGAGAAUGGGGGCCCCAUAUCUCAUUUUAUGCUCUGAAACUGAUGAUCUUGCUCCUUACCAAAUUAUCUGCAAUUUUGCUCAAAGAAUAGAACAACUCGGGGGUGACAUAAAACUUGUGAAGUGGAAUGGUUCUCCUCAUGUAGGUCAUUAUCGGCAUUAUCCAAUUGAAUACAAGGCUGCUGUGACUGAGCUUCUCAGGAAAGCGGCUGCCUCAUAUUCCCAAAGAAUUCAGCGACUUGAGGGUGAACGAAUGGGGUUAGCAGGGACACAUGAUGAAAUCUCUGAGCCAAUCUCCAAUAUCAGCAAAACAGUCUUAAGCCCAAACCAGAGCUUUCAGGGAACUCUGGUGCAAAGGGACCAUUUCCUCUUGCCUAGUUCAAUAGACUAUUAUGAGGGUAGGGAUUUCGGGUCUGUGCAAGAUGAACACAAGGAAGGCUUGAUCCGUUUGCCUCACCCACCAAGCAUUAAUGUCCAUGGGGUUCUUGGUCAAAUCCUUUUUGAUGUCUGUGUUCCCCAGAAUGUUGAAGGUUGGGAUAUAAAGUCAUCAGAUUCCUCGAGCAGACACCCUUAUACCUCUGCAUGGCGAAAUUCUCAUUUUAAUCCAAUCAAAUGCAUUCGUCGAUCCAGACUAUAACAUAUGUGGCUGACUACUCUUAGCAGAGGCUUGCGAGAGUUCAGUGGGGAAAUACCUUCAAACCGGUGCCCUUGGCAAAAUGAAACUCCUAAAGGAAUGAGAAAGGGCAAUAGAUGGGGAUGGAGAGGUGAUUUUCUGUUUUGUAGAAACAAUAAAGAUCACUGCCACAAUUUGAGCUCAUGACCUCUGUUCUAACAUAAAAUGUAUAGUGACUUUACCGGAAAUGCUCUAACUUGAUGUGUUGUUGGAAAUAAGACAACUGUGUUUGAUUAUGUAUCUGCUGACUUGCCAGGGUCAUGAAUCUAGAUUACCGGGAAUGAGGAGUUCGUUUGCAGGCUCAAUGAGAUGCACUUGUUACCCUCCAAUGGAUACUCAUGCUAGAGAAAAAUCCUGGCAAGGAAUAGGUGCUCUAACACUAACCCAAUGUUUGUGUAUCUCUACUUUCUUAUAUUACUAUUUUGGUUAGUUCAAAUGCACUGACUAUUUAGUAUUAUCA